AUGGCGCCCGCGAUUCUGACUCAGCGCCCAAGGAUACUCUGUCUGGACGCCUACGACUCUUUUUCCAACAAUAUAGUCGCUCUGGUUGAACAGAACGUGGAUGCAGAAGUCGUCAAGAUCUUCAUUGAUGAUCCAGUUCUUGCAAAGCCAUCAGCUUCUGGGGAACAUGCUGCCUUUACCGACUAUUUGAAAAGCUUCGAUGCCAUCAUUGCAGGACCGGGACCUGGCUGGGCAAAAUGCGACGAGGACGUUGGCUUGAUGAAGGAGCUCUGGAAACUCCGAGAGGAUCAGAUCAUCCCAGUGCUUGGCAUUUGUCUUGGGUUCCAGUCGCUAUGUCUUGCAUUCGGAGCCGAUAUUGAACGACUCAACGAGCCAAAGCAUGGGAUUAUCACAGCCGUCCUACACAAAAGUCAAUCAAUCUUCCGGGGUGUGGAGAGUCUGCUAGCAACCCAGUAUCACUCUUUGCAAGUCAAACUCGACCAUACUAUCCAGAAUAAGCGGGCUGUACGAUAUCCCGCACAACUCUGGGAGCCCACCGAGACCUGCCCCCAGCUGGAGCCGUUGGCAUGGGACUUUGACAGUGACCUCAAUGGUGCCGUGCUUAUGGGUGUCAAACAUAUACAGAAGCCGUUCUGGGGAGUUCAAUUCCAUCCGGAGUCAAUCUGUACGAACGACGAGGGUAAGCGCAUCAUCCGAAAUUGGUGGGAAGAUGCCCAGUCCUGGAACCGAAAGCGCAUGUUCCGGAACAUUCCCAAGCAUGGUCUGACUUCGAAUCUGUCAUCCUCGCCAAUGACUGCCGACGAUUUCCGACGGGAGUUGGGCGUCCACGACACAGCAAAACAAAGCAAACGCUCUUACACUGACUUCGUCGCAAAACUUGAUAGCGACACGAUCACCCCAUUCGAGCUGGCUUCGCUCAUUGCGCACGGAGACGGACAGUCGUUACCAGAUCUGCCGCCGAGCACUGUGCAUUGCGCAACUACGGGAAGCGGAAGACUCACAGUUUCGGAUGCCUGUGAGCUGUUCGAGUUAACAAGAGGUGAAGCCAUAGUGUUGGAGUCCGGACUGCAAUCGAAUCUGGUGCCUAUGGCUGUGGGGACAGGCCGAUACAGCAUUAUAGGUGUUGUUAUUCCCGAGGAAACUCUACGCCUGCAUUAUUACGCGGGGACUCGAAGAAUGGAACUAAGAGACGGCAAAGGCCAAGUCCAUACUGAUUGGACAGUGUCUGACCCAUGGCCCUACGUGAGAGAAGUUAUGAAGAGCCUUCAACCCUCAACACCACCGAAAGGCUCAACAUGGGCUCCUUUCUGGGGAGGCUUAAUGGGCUAUGCAUCGUACGAGGCUGGCUUAGAGACCAUCAAUGUCCACGGUCACGAAGAAGCUUCGUACCCGGACAUUUGCUUCGCUUAUAUAACGCGGAGUAUCGUGUUUGACCAUCAGUUCAAGAAGAUCUAUGUCCAGAGUAUUCGCGGGCCUUUCGAUCAAGACUGGGUUAUCGACGCCACGGAGAGGCUGUAUGAACACGCAGGUUUCAAGUCGCGUGAAACUACACCAAAUUCUGCAGCAAUGAGGCAGGCGGACCCUUUUGAGGCGCAUGGCACGAUGCAUCAGUACAUCGAUUCAUGUGUUCAGCUCACCGUCGGUGAAAGCGAGUACUGCAAGAAGGUUAGUAGAUGCCAGGACGCGAUAGCCGACGGCCAAAGCUACGAGUUGUGCCUCACGCAUCGCAACGAGGUUCGCGCUCGCAAGCCAACGGCCUGCAGAAUCUCGCACGCAGAGGACAACGAACAUUCCUGGAAUCUCUACAAGCGCCUCACUGGUCAAAACCCUGCGCCUUUCAGCGCCUACAUGAGGAUGCACAACGUACACAUACUGUGCUCCUCACCAGAGCGGUACAUAAGUUGGGACCGGUCGCAGACUGCACAAUGCCGACCUAUAAAGGGGACAGUACAGAAGAAACCUGGCGUGACUGCCGAAAUGGCCCAAGCUAUUCUCUCAUCUUCGAAGGAACGUGCAGAAAAUCUCAUGAUCGUGGACCUUACACGCCACCAACUUCAUGGCGUCUACGGCUCCGAAAAUGUCCGAGUAAGCCAGUUGAUGGAAGUCGAAGAGUACGAAACGCUCUGGCAACUAGUUUCUGUCGUCGACGCAGUACCUAGUGGCAUAUACAAACCCACCACCCCAGAAGAUUGGGAGGACCCUGUAGAAUACGCCCCCAAAAAGCCUGCCAAGCAAUCCGUUCCUUACCUAGGAUUCGAUGCAUUCGUCCAGAGUCUGCCACCAGGUAGCAUGACUGGUGCGCCCAAAAAGCGGUCUUGCGAGAUUCUUCAAGAUGUAGAAGAGGGCGUAAGACGGGGAAUAUACUCAGGUGUGCUGGGUUAUCUCGACGUCGGAGGAGGCGGCGACUUCAACGUCGUCAUACGUACUGCCAUUAAAAUUGACGAUGAACAAGGCGACGACAAAGGAGAUGUCUGGCGUAUUGGCGCUGGAGGAGCAGUGACCAGCCAAAGCACUCCAGAAGGCGAAUUCGAAGAGAUGAUUGCCAAAUUUGGCAGCACCAACAGAGCGUUCAUGCCUUUGCCGCCACCAAAGCCGAAGACAAAAGGUAGAAGGGUCGAAAUCAUCGAGCCUGAUGAUCCAGAAUUUGCGGAGCUGCUGGCAAGCAUGAGGGGUGGAGAGGAAUUGACGCUCGACGAUGCACAGAUCAUGUUGAGAGCAGUAGAACGUGAGCUAAGAAGAAGAAACGCUGCCGGUGAGGGCGAUGAUAUUACGGAGGUAGAAUGA